AACCGCAAACCAAUGCCGAAGAAGAUGACAGCUCAACUACGAAUGAGGCGAAGCGUGCCCCUACUUGGAUUCCUAGGAAAAAUCGCUGGUCCCAUCGCCGGUGUUUUAAAUUACGAAGAUGGAGAGAGAUACGAUGCCAUCAUCUAGGAAUUGAAUUCUGCACAAGCCAAUCUGUCUCACCUGGUUGGACGUCAAACCCACGUUGUGAGAUCUCAGCUCGACACACUCCAUACCCAAAUCGAAAAACACAGCUCCCUAAUAAAUAAGAUUAAUCAAAACCUGGACCUGCUAAUUAAAAAUCAAGAAAAUCAAUCAGCAGUUAAAGUCGAGUUAGAAAAAAGGGACGCAAUAUUCAAUCUACUGGGAGCAUUGAAGACAGGGUUGGACCACAACAUUCGAGUCACACAAACCAUGCUGGAAGCAGUCCAUACGGCCAGACAAGGAAAACUACACCCUGGACUGAUUUCAUCUAAGCAGCUGGAGCCCAUCCUACGUGACGUCCAGGAUCAUCUUACCGAAGUACAGUUUCCCUUACCUGGACCCGCAGUCAGCAUCGAUGAAUUGAUACCGAUCUCCACUGUCACCAUCUUAUGUGUCAAUCGUCAAUUAAAAAUCCUAGUUGAUAUCCCUCUACUGGAAAAAUAUAACUACCAGGCAUUGAAAAUGCAUUCCCUUCCAACUGUCCAGGAGGCAAUAGGAAAUAAAACAAUAAGAGCUUAUGUAAAGACCAAAUAUGACUAUCUUAUUGUUGAUGAAGAGCAGCACACCUAUCUUCUACUCACGGAGCGAGACUGGAAAUCCUGUAAAUCAACAACAUCAUACCACGCUUGUUUGAACGGAAUUCCUAUCUACAAUUUGAAGGAGAGACCAGCCUGUGAACCAUCACUCUUAAUUAAUCCAACUAUCGACAACCUAAGAACAUGUGAGAUUCGAAUUACUGUUAAUUCUGAGUCCUUCUGGAAGCCGUUAACCACCCUUUCCAGCUGGCUAUACUCUUUUUCUAAGAUGGAAGAUGUAUUGGUCAUUUGUCAUUCUAUGACCCCUAUCAAGAUUAACCUUAAUGGAACCGGUAUCUUGAAAUUGGCACCUGGCUGCAUGGCAAGGACCCAGGAUACAAUAAUCCCAGCAACCAUUUCUCAGGUUGGACAAACAGAAAUCAUCUAUGAACCCGACCUGCAUCUGAAUUUGACUAAAUUAUCCCCAGUAAUUCUCAACUACGGUCACUUGUUAACCAUGACCAAUGACAACAAUCAAAAGGAAGAAGUGGCUGAUCCGAAAUUUUCCACCUUCAGGAUGAACUCCCAAACAUUGGAUGAGCUGGAACAACAACUGGAGGAUCUUGCCAUUAAAAGGCACAUCGGAAAAAAUCAAACAGUCCUUGUUUACUCAUCUUAUAUAGGACUGUUGUUACUAUGCAUUCUCCUCAUAUUUUGUCUUUGUCAAUUACGCACGAGAACAAUAAUCUCUAAAUUGGUUGGUUUCUUGCCCAGAAAGUCAAAAAGGGGCCAUAUUGAAGUUUCAAGAAGAAGGAGAAGAAGAAUCAGUCUACCCGAGGACAAAAUAGUCGAUACACAGGAACCAUCAACUUCAGAAUUAACUCCAAAAUCAAAGGAGUUAUAUUCUGUCAUCGAGAGAGGAUAA